AGAAAACAAUGCGCGUUUUAUAUUCCAAGCUUCAAGUUUAAUUUAAUAAAUAUAUUAUUUUAAUGAUUUUUGAUUACUGUCAUCAUGCCUAUUGUUUGAUUAUUAGAUUUUGUAUAACAUUGGGUGAUUGUAUUGUUGGUGUGCUUAUUUUUAAUAAAUAAAUAAAUUCUCCGGCGCGGCAUGUCUUCUUCCAUGCCUUCAUAAAUAAUGGUUAAAAGGGAAAUUAGAUUCAAACAAUUUAGAAAAGAAAGAAAGAAAGAAAGAAAAACGUUUUAUUCACGCGAGUGACACAAGGAAAAAAAGAGAAAAAUACAAAACAAACAACAAAAAAAAUUAGAUAUAAAAAAAAUACGAAUUACAACACAGAGUACGGAAAUUACAACAAGAGACACGACACGAGAAGAAGGUACAUAACGGGAAAUAUGUGUCACACCCGCGUGAAACGGCCCUCGCUCAGCAUAAUGCUGAGACCCUACAUGAAUUUAACCAUACAUGUUUGUAAUCUAUGUGUUGUCGUCAUUGGUUAGCGUGGAUAUAUUCGCCGUUGCUAAAAUUAUUUCAACGCCUUCUAAAAAAGCAAUGGCAAUGGAAAUUGAAUGCUAUCUUCUUAGCACUAGAGGAAUGUAAACUAAUGUUUUAUUAUCUAAUGUUUCAGGACAAAAUGGGGCUCCCACAGCUGACAACGUGUUGCUUCGUCUUCGACUUGAAGACAGGAUGUAUUAUCAUGGGCAGUAUCAAUGCUGUCCUAUCAUUUACCAUGCUAACACUAAUGAUAGUGCUCGCAGCAGAGGUAGGAGCGAUCGACUUGGAAGUGCAAUAUGCAGGUGACAUAGAGAUGCAAGCGGGCAUGACUGGCCUCUACGCUAUGACUAUCAUACUGGUCAUCAUGUUCCUCGUUAAGUUCCUCAUCGACAUAGCUUUUGUUUAUGGAGUUUCUACGGAGCGGCAAGGCAUCAUCAAGGCAUACAUGAUCAUGUGGAUCGUGUUCUUCAUGCUCUCCAUGUUCAUAUUCUUCCUCAAUUCUCCAAACAUCAGCGUCGGGACUAUCUUCACUGAACUCAUUUAUAUUGCUCACAACGUAUACACCAUACUCCUCUGCAACAGUUUCUACAAGCAACUCAACAGCAGAGAAGAGGUAUAAACCACUACAGCCUGUCAUAUGACGUCAUAAGCCAUGUAGCAUUGAAUGCAAUACCAAAUUGUGUAGUAUUACGUACGUUCCACGUGUUUUUGUCAAUGAGUAAAAUAAUGAAUUAACACUGCCAAACAUUAUUUUAUUAUUUUGAAGACUCGCUGUAAUCUUAUAAAGGAUUUACAUUGGAAAAUAAAUAAUUAAGUUUCCAUACGUAUUAAAUGUCAUGACAAUAAAUAAAAUGUAUUUCAAAUUAUGUAUGACACAAAGUUUAUAUUUGUGUAUAAGCAUACCUACCACAUCAAAGUAUGAAUGAACACCAGUCAAUAGUCAUUUCAUAGAUUGCAACAGCCUAAUUACGUAAAUCAGUCGCUCUGUAUGACUAUUCAAGCCAAUGCCAUGUCAUAAAAGUGUUAAAUAAUACUGUUUUGCAAGUUGUAAUGUUAGUGACAUACCUAAGUCAUGCAGAAGAAACCGGGAGCCAAUGGCAGUCUUAGCUUGCGUAGAUUUAAGUAUAAAUAUGGUUUCUUGCGAUGUAAACUUAUGAAAAUUGUAAACUUUAUGAAUUUUUAAACGCCUACUUCGUGCCAAAUUGUGUCAAAUUAUUAAUUAAGCUAUUUAUUAGAUUGAUACGUGUUAAUUUUUUUGUAAAUAAUAUAACGUUUAAUUACAAAAAUGUUUAUUCAUAAAAUGCUAGUCAUUAAGUUUGUUACAGUUGUCACUAUACGUCUAUUUAUAAUAAAAAAUAUAUAAUACUGUUAUCAAGA